AUAAGUCAUCGACAAAGGAAGUAAUCCAUAAAAUUAGUGGUGAUGGGAAACAGUGGUAUAAAGUGUACCAAAUUACACAAAUUUUCGAAUGUUUUGAAAGAAUUGGAAACAGGCCUUAUAUGUUAGUAGCUGGUAACACUGCUCAUGGAGUAUAUCGACGAAAUGAAAAUUUGGAAGUUUUCAUUGAUAUAAGCUCAGUUGACGAGCUUCGUCAGCAUCGAAUUGGAUUGGACCUGACUAUUGGAGCCAACGUUACGCUGCAUGAGUUCUUAAGUAUUUUGGAGCAUGCAACGCUUGGCAACAUAAGAUUCCAGUAUAUGAAGAAACUCAUCCAGCAUGUACGACUUGUGGCCAAUCACUUAGUACGAAAUGCAGGAACGCUAGCAGGAAACCUCAUGAUAAAGCACGAGCAUCCCGAGUUCCCUUCAGAUCUAUUCCUCUUAUUGGAAACUGUAGGAGCAAGACUCGUUAUCCUGACCGAGGAUCUACCAACUACCUUAACUCCCUACGAAUUUCUUAAAGUUAAAAUGUCGAAGAAGGUUAUCCAAAGCAUUAUUCUUCCUUCACUGGACCCCACUCAGUAUACUUUUAAAUCAUUCAAAGUUAUGCCCGUCACUCGAAACAAUCGGGCCUACGUCAAUGCUGGUUUUCUCUUAAAGUUUUGUAGGUCAAGUGAGGUUAUUGAAUCAGCAACCAUAUGCUUUGGUGGCAUAAAUCCUUCGUUUGUUCAUGCUUCAAAAACUGAAGAUUUCCUAAUUGGUAAAUCGCUUUUUAGCAAUGAAACUCUUCAAGGAGCCCUGCACGAGCUCUCUGAGGAAAUUCAGCCAGACUGGGUGCUUCCGGAUGCCUCUCCGGAGUAUCGAAAAAAUUUGGCCUUAUCGUUGUUCUACAAAUUCAUCCUAAGCAUUGCACCUGAAAGUUCCAUCGUACUGAAUGCUCGUUACAAGAGCGGAGGCACUACUCUGGAACGUCCUCUGUCUUCGGGCAAACAGAGCUACGACACUUAUCCAAGUAAAUGGCCUCUCACUCAGUACACACCAAAACUGGAAGGUUUGGCACAAACAUCCGGAGAAGCAGAAUACGUCAAUGAUAUACCGAAGAUGCCAAAUGAGUUGCAUGCCGCUUUCGUGUUGGCUAAUGAGAUUCAAAGCCGAAUCAUAAAGAUAGACGCUUCGAAUGCGCUGAAACUUGAUGGAGUUGUCGCAUUCUUCUCAGCUAAGAAUAUCCCAGGAAUAAACAAUUUCAUGCCUCUAGAAUUUGGCAACCGGGAAAUUGAAGAAAUUUUCUGUAGUGGGGAAAUAGCAUUCCAUGGACAGCCCGUUGGAAUAAUAGUCGCUAAUACGUUUGAGCUGGCUAACUUUGCUACUAAAUUGGUUGAAGUCAGCUAUGAAAGGAUUGCUAACAACCCGAUUUAUAAAACACCGAAAGAAGUUAUCAGAGCAGCAGCGCAAGAUCGUAUCAUCAAUCAAAAAUUUGAUCGUUAUGGAAAAAAGUACGGAGCGGCUUCAGAAGGCUACAUUCAGAUUAAGGGGCAGAUGGAACUUGGAGGACAGUACCAUUACUCGAUGGAGACGCAAACUUGUUUCUGUGUUCCCAUUGAAGAUGGAAUGGAUAUCUACGCCUCUUCGCAAAGUACCAAUUUCAUGUUGGCUGCAGUUUCCCAAGCUUUAAACGUCCAGGAAAACUCCCUAAACAUCAGCGUGCGACGCGUGGGUGGAGCUUAUGGUGCAAAAUCAACCAGAGCUCCACAGAUAGCUUGCGCUUGCGCUUUGGCGGCUCAUCUUUUGCAGAAACCCGUCCGCAUGCUACUGCCGUUGGAAACCAAUAUGUCAGCCAUUGGAAAACGAACAGGAGCAUUUUCAGACUAUGUUGUCCAUGUUGAUAGAAACGGAAAGAUCAAUAAGUUAACAAAUACUUACACACAUGAUGGUGGAGCAAUUUUGAACGAGCCUUUGGCAUUCCUGACUAGUGACUUGUUCAAAAACUGCUAUCGAACUGACACUUGGGGAUUGAUUGGUAAUAUGGCACGGACAGAUGUUGCUACCAACACCAUUUGCCGCGCACCAGGAACUAUGGAAGGCAUCUCAAUGGUGGAGAAUAUCAUGGAACAUAUUGCGCAUGUCACUCGAAAGGAUCCCUUGGAAGUCCGUAUGCAAAAUAUCUCUAAACAAAACAGAAUGCAUGAAUUGCUACCCAAGUUUAGAAAAGACGUAGAUUUCGAUGAACGCAGAAACACCGUGGACAUGUUCAACAUACAAAACCGUUGGCGCAAACGUGGAAUAGCGAUCAUCCCAAUGGAGUACCCGAUGGAGUACUCGGGCACUCUGAAUGCCUUGGUUUCCGUUUACCACAUGGAUGGGUCCGUUGCUAUUACUCAUGGAGCUAUUGAGAUGGGCCAAGGAGUCAACACAAAAGUGGCUCAAGUAGCAGCUCAUAUCUUGGGUAUACCUCUGACAAAGAUUUCUGUCAAACCCAGUACCACGUUGACGUCACCAAACUGUGCUCCAACAGUUCACAGUAGAACAAGCGAGAACGCUGCUUUUGCCGUGAAACGAUGCUGCGAAACCAUUCUGGAUCGACUUCGCCCCAUACGUCAGGCAAACCGUACGGCAUCCUGGGAAGAGAUCGUAAACCGAGCCUUCGUUACAAAUAUUGAUCUGACCGCUUCUUACUACUAUGAACCAGCCGAUCUCAAGGCGUACGUUAUCUGGGGCUUGGCCUGCGCCGAAGUCGAAGUGGAUAUACUCACCGGUAACAUUCAGGUUUCGCGAGUCGAUAUUAUGGAAGAUGUUGGCGAGAGUAUGAACCCGGGAAUCGAUGUCGGUCAAGUGGAGGGUGCUUUCAUUAUGGGAUUGGGUUAUUAUCUUACAGAAGCAUUGGUUUAUGAUCCGACGAAUGGAGCCUUGGCCAACAAUCGUACUUGGAACUACAAGAUACCGGGGGUGCAUGACAUCCCAAUUGAUUUCCGUGUUCAGUUUCUCAAGGGGAGCUCUAACCCCUAUGGUGUUUUACGGUCUAAGGCGGUUGCAGAACCAGCACUCAGCAUGAGUCCAGUAUUGACGUAUGCGUUGCGCUAUGCAUUGCGCUCGGCUAGGAAAGAUGCUGGGCUACCAGAUGAUUGGAUUCCGAUAGGUAAACUGAAGAUGAUUAUAAAAUGAU